GCAAGCCUCGUCUGUACUGUUUGAUUUCGGUGCAGCAAUCCGCUUUGAUCCAUCUAUCGAUCAGAUAGAACGAACAGCCAUGAGGGCGGGACGGCGCCGGUUCAACGUCGGCCGCAUGGUGACGGCCACAGACCCCGGCACGCUCCGCGGCGCGUUCGCCGAGUUCCUCGCCACCGCCAUCUUCGUCUUCGCCGCCGAGGGCGCCACGCUCUCCCUUGGCAAGCUGUACCAUGACAAGGGCAUGGUGAGCGGGCUGGUGGCCGUGGCGCUUGCGCACGCACUCGCGCUCGCAGCCGCUGUGGCGUCCACCAUGAACAUCUCCGGUGGGCACGUCAACCCGGCCAUCACCUUCGGCGCCCUCCUCGGCGGCCACAUCUGCCUCGUCCGGUCGCUCGUCUACUGGAUCGCGCAGCUGCUCGGCGCGGUCACCGCCGCACUCCUGCUCAGGCUGACCACCGGAGGCGUGCGGUUGCCAGAGUACGCGCUGGCCGCGGGCGUGGAGGGAUGGCACGCGGUGGUGCUGGAGGCGGCGAUGGCAUUCGGGCUCAUGUACGCGUACUACGCGACGGUGAUCGACCCCCGGAAGGGCCACGUCGGGGCGGUGGCGCCGCUCGCCGUGGGGCUCCUGGCCGGCGCCAACGUGCUGGCCUGCGGCCUGUUCGACGGCGCGGUGAUGAACCCUGCGAGGGCGUUCGGGCCGGCGAUCGUGGGCUCGCACCGCUGGGGCAACCAGUGGGUGUACUGGGCGGGGCCCCUGCUCGGCGCUGGCCUCGCCGGUCUCGUCUACGAGCACCUCGUCAUCAAUCCGGACGACGAGGAGCCCGCGCCCAACUGCAGCAGCCGUAGAGCGUAG